UCCAGUAGUGCCUCAAGAUGGUUCACAAAAUUCGCGCUGUGAUUGUCAUCAUCAAGCUCGCUGUUCUUUUGAGCAUUCUAUGUCCCGUCGAAUGCAAUCGAAACCUAAGGGUAAGACCUCGCAAGACCAAAAACGCCGAUCUGGAAAGCAACGCCGUGUCCCAGUCGGACAACGUUCCCUGUUCGUGUGCCAUCUUUUUGACGGGACAGUUCAACAAGCAGAACCGAUCGGAACCUCCCCGUGGCAAUCCUGGGAUUCAACUGGAACUGAUGCAACACUAUCCCUGCACCACGGCGGGAAAUAAGCAAUGUUCGAAUCGAUGUCUGGAUGCCAUCCUGAAACACUUACCCAACUCGCCGGCCUUGAUCUGCGGAACCAUCGAUCGGGACUGCUUCCGGGAGCGAGCCUAUCUGUUCUAUCAGAAUUGCGCGCCUCGCUGGGUCAAUACCAAUCUAUCGGCUGGCAGGGAGUUUUGCUGUCAAAAUGAUCGACCAGUGCGGUGCGCGAAGAUGGCAGCCGUAAUCCGACAGUCACUGCUCACCGGCAAUGGAACCACGGCCAUCAGCCAGGACGAGGAAGACGACGAGGCAGGAUCAUACGAAGAAUAAAGGGAUGUGAUAUCAAGCAGAAUCUCAGUUGCUUUUUUUUUGGUUACAUCCGAAACUCGUCCCCGAGGGACCAUGUUCCGUCAGUGAAUUUUAUCAACAGUGUUCAGUAAUUGUUUCUUUUUCUUUAAUUCUUACAUGGAAAUACACAAGCAACCGAAUGAGCGCUUAGAACUGAAUCAUCUGUCCCUUUCGCUUCUUGUCGCCUCCCAGCUCGAAGUGCUUGCAGCGCUUCAGUGGGGUCUGCUUGCGGUACUUGCAAUC